UUGCAAAGUUUCCCGCACAGAAGCUUUUGUUUGUUGGAAUAGGACAGUCGUGCAAAAUGUUUGGGAUACUCGUUAUAGGAAUUUUAUUUGUUUUGAGAGUCAACGGAGAUUUCUUGGCUCAAGAGCGGACCAGAGGAGCUACUCUCAAACCGAUAUCAGCAUGCUGCGAUAUUCCGGAACUCGGUGAUCCAGAGCCUCUUCGUGAAUGUUCUAAUCCUAAGCUAUCGGGACCGUGCAACGACGUGCAAUGCGUGUUUGAAAAAUCCGGCUUCCUAACAGACAAGCAAUCUCUCAACAAAGAGGCUUACCGAGCCCAUCUGAGAAAAUGGCUGGAGGGGCACAAGGAGUGGUCGGACGCUAUAGAGAAAGCCAUCAAGGACUGUGUGGAUAGAGACCUGAGGCAGUACUUGGAUUAUCCUUGCAGGGCGUACGAUGUGUUUACAUGCACUGGGAUUGCUAUGUUGAAGAAAUGCCCGAAAGACGCUUGGAAAUGUUAAAGACUACUUAACUUCUAAGACAAUCUACUAAUUAUAAUUAUUAUAGCUAUUUAUUUUCAACAUGAUAUGUAUAUAAUAAAGUAAAUAAAUCUUGCUUGUGCAAAUACU